AUGUCUCUUGUCGAGAGUCAGAAUGGUAUGACUGAUCUGAUACCCUGCAACGAGCAAUGCGGUGGAGAUUACAACACCUAUUCCUUUGGUCAGGGAGAUUUGGAUGUGACAGUUACCGUUCCACUUUCGGAGGGUACAACCGCAAAAAUGCUUUUAGUGCAAAUUACAGCUACUAACAUCGUUGUGGGUUUUAGGGGCAAACCACCUAUUAUUUCUGGAGAGUUGUACAGAACCGUCAAGGCUGAUGAGUGCACGUGGUGUAUCGAGGACAAAAGGCUUUUGGUGAUUACUCUGGUGAAGACAAAUUCGCAGUAUGAGGAGUGGUGGCCCUGCGUUACAGUAGGUGAGCGACAGAUAGACAUGAAAACAUUCAGACCACCUAGUAAGCACAUUUCGGAUCUAGAUGAGAGUGCACAGGCAACUAUUGCGAAAAUGAUGUUUGAUCAGCGGCAAAAAAUGCAAAAACUUCCGACCAGUGAAGAAAUGCAGUUAGAGGAAAUGAUGCGAAAAACGCAAGGGACAAAGUAG